AUGGAUGAAGACUAUCCAAGAUCGAAGCGUAAGAAGUCUGGCAUUUCUUAUGCACAUCACUUUCAUGUGGAAAUAUUUUAUGCAGUUAUUAAUUUGCAACUUCAUGAGAUAAAUAGCCACUUUGAUGUAGUGACUAGUGACUUACUCCUUGGUAUGACUUGCUUGAAUCCGGUUGAUUCAUUUGCUAAUUUUGACAAAGACAGAAUAAUGAAGUUGGCCAAGUAUUAUCCAAGUGAGUUUGAUGACAACAAGCUUCGAGAUCUCAGUUUUCAGCUUGAUAGUUUCAUUGUCUAUGCUCGAACAUGUGAUAGCAAGUUUGUCAACUUGAAGGGAAUUAAGGAUCUUGCUAUAGUGAUAGCAAAGACAAAAUUGGAUCAAAUUUGGUGUCAUGUUUAUUUACUUGUGAAGCUUACUUUGAUUCUACAUGUUGCUACUGCAAGCGUGGAAAGAACAUUCUCCUCAAUGAAGCUCAUAAAAAAUGACCUACGUAAUAGCAUUAGUGAAGAAUAUUUGAAUGGUUGUUUAGUUUGCAAUAUAGAGCGUAAAGUAUUUGCAACUGUAAGUAAUGAUGCUAUUAUAGAUCGUUUUCAAAGUAUAAAAACUUGUCGAGUACAAUUGUAA